UCCAUCACACAUGUGCCACCUCACAAAGGGCGCAGCAACGAUGAUAACUGUAGAAGGGCAACUUCAUCAUCAGAGAAUCAGUAGUAGCCAGCGAGUAAGAGUGCCAUCCACUACUUUAAAACCAGCGGCCAGGGUGCGCAUGCACAUUGUGUCACUUCCAGCCAGCCUAGUAAAAACCAGUUUUGUCCUGUAACCUCGUUUGAGUGAUAUUUGCUCAGUCAGCCAUUGUAGGCCUAGGUGCGAAGUGCGCACGGGAUGUCGUGCUUCCGUACAAAAAGC